AUGUCUGGAGCCCAAGGCGCACAGCCCAAGGGAGCUUUCACGGCGACCACGUACAGGUCGGCGGCAGCUCCCGACGGCCCGGAGGAGCGCCACCAGCAGCAGCAGUCGCCAAGGACAGAGCUACGGUCGAGCAAGGACGAGCAUGGGUUACCGGUGAAGAUGCUCGAGGAGAGGGUCGAAGACGCCACUGGGAAGGGCGGCCCGGUGUUCGGCGCCGGUACGGACGACGGCAAGCCCGACCUGGGCGUCACAGGCACCGGCGGAGGCUAA